UAAUAGAUGGGUGGAAUUAACCACCUUUGCCACUGGGGAUGGGUCGAUCCACCCCGAUUCCAGAACCCACCGAGAGCAUACAUCGGCCCCUCUUUUAUCCUUUCCCCUUCUGGCCACUAGGGUUCGUCCCGCCGUCGCCCUUGCUGGUGGACACCGGCCCGCUCCUCCACCGCGAUGGCUUGGCGCCGCCGUCCACCGACCGCCUCCAGAUCUGUCCCCGUCCGCCCGAAGAUCCCCUCCACUCUGCCGCCAGGGACUCUUCUCCUGCCGCUGCCGCUACAUGGGGAGAGGAGCGCCGGCUAGCCACCACUGCCGGACGCCUCCAUCCCCCUUCCUCCUUCGCCCGACGAGCCUCUUCACUCCGGGAACUUGCUGCUGCUGCUAAUCCGAGCUGCACCACCUACCUCGCUGAAGCUCUGUCCCGGCAGCUCUCUGUGAGAUGAAUGGAGUGGAUCAGGAUAUCAAUGAUGGCCUAGGAAAAGGAGGAAAAAGCUCAAGCGGUUGGCGACUUUGGCAUAUCAAGUUGGGUGUAUGGGUGACAUGGGUAAUCACUACACCAAAACCUAUCUACUAAAAGAACCAUAUAGGAUUCCAGAACAAACUGGUUAUGAAUGGGUUAUGGAAACUCUUGGUCAUAAAAGGAGUUGUUAUAGGAUGUUUUGGAUGAGUCGAAGAGUAUUUGAGUCAUUGCACAAUAUCCUAGUGUCUCAUUAUGGAUUGAAGUCAAGCAGAGAAGUGACAUCGUAAGAGUCUUUAGCUAUGUUCUUGUGGAUGGUUGGUGGCCCCCAAUCAUUCUCUCAUGUUGAGAAUCGUUUUUCGAGAUCAACGGAAACGGUCCAUCGAAAGUUCAAAGAGGUCUUGAAUUGCUUGUGCAAGUUAGCAGGACAUAACAUAACACCUCGAGAUGAUACUUUCACAACCGUGCAUGCAAGAAUUCAAGAUGAGAGAUUUUGGCCUCAUUUCAAAGGUGCGAUCGGUGCAAUAGAUGGCUGCCACAUCCCAGUUACACUGCCAUCGGAUGAGGUUGUUAACCACACAGGUCGCCAUGGAUUUCCAUCACAAAAUGUUAUGGCGGUUUGCGACUUUGACAAGAGGUUUACUUUUGUUGUGGCUGGUUGGCCCGGUUCAGCACAUGACACAAGGAUCUUAAAUGAUAGCUUGGUAAAGUAUGCACAUCGCUUCCCUACACCACCACCAGGAAAAUAUUACCUCAUCGAUUCGGGAUAUCCAAACCGUGAAGGAUAUCUUGCUCCUUACAAAGGCCAAAUAUACCACAUACCAGAAUUUCGUAAUGGACGAAAACCGGUGGGCAAAUAUGAGGUGUAUAAUCGCCACUCUUCACUUAGAAAUGUUGUUGAGCGAACAUCUGGAGUGCUCAAAGCUAAAUGGCGCAUCUUGAAGGGUGUACCUAGUUUCAAACCUCGUACACAGAAAAAGAUUAUUAUUGCUUGUAUGGCGUUGCACAACUAUAUUCCUGAGACCAAGUUGCCCGACGAGGAGUUUGACAAAUGUGAUGAAGAUGAGGAUUAUAUUCCUGAUGAGGACUUGGAAGUAGUGCCAGUCAAAGGAGAUAGUGUUCCGGCGAGACUUAACAUCGUCGACAUGAACAUAGUCCGUGAUAGAAUUGCUAACUCCUUGAUGAGCUCUACUGCAUCAUAGAGUUCUUUUAUCUGCUCAUGGGUGAACUACUAUUCUAUUUUGUGAUAUGUGUAGAAGUGUAUAUAAUAUUUUGGGUCGUGAUGUCUACUACACAACCUUCUUCUUGUA